AUGGUCGCUCCUCAACCACCUCAAGAAGCUACUGACAUUUUCUCUAUCUCUGAUCAAGUACUGGCUGAUAGGCUACGGUUCAUCGAAGAAAUUGGUUUUGGAAAUUGGGGCAGCGUUUGGUUAUGUCGCCCCAAGCCAGACCCUGCGUCGCCGUCGCACAGCCCACACGCCAUGCGCGACACCAAGAUCGCCGUGAAGCUCGUACACCGCUCCAAGACAUCCACCACUGCUGCUCGCGUCAGAUCAUUAUGGAAUGAAAUGAAAGUUGUUCGAACGUUCAAGCACGAACCUCAUCCUUCGAUUAUCCCUUUCUAUUCUUUCAUCAUCACCCCAUCAUAUGCUUUGAUUACCAUGGCGUUCCACCCACGCCUCAUUCCGGUCGAGGUUCCGGAAUCGCAUGCGAAAGACUGGUUCCAUUCUUUGCUUUCAGGUAUUCAGUUCAUCCACAAGCGCGGUGUAGUUCACAAUGAUAUCAAGCCUGCCAAUAUUCUCCUUUCACAGGACAAUGUACCUGUUCUCAUUGAUUUUGGCUUUGCAGAACGAUACGACGUUGAUACGUCCAAUGCAUUCCACAGCAAUCUUUCGUACGGAACUCCGGAGUAUCUUUCACCUGAACGUGCUCGAGGUCUUCCUCACGACACGCGCAAGUCGGAUAUCUGGUCACUCGGAAUCACAUUCUUCGAGGUCCUGAUAGGACGUACGCCGUUUGAAUAUUCAGAAGGUGAGCAGUUUUCUACCAAGGAGGAUCUGGAGGAGUAUUGGAACCGUACACUGAGCGGCAAAUGGGUUGGCAACUGGAAGAUGUCCAAGGGCAUGGAGAACCUACUUCUCAGGAUGAUCCUCCCCAACGCCGAUCUUCGGUGCACGGCGUCAGAAGCUAUGACUGAUAACUACUGGUCGCAGAGUGAGAUUCUCAUCCCGAACUCUCGGAAAGCAACAACCUCGCACGCGCCUGCACUCUCCCUUGGACUGGAGAAGGACGUGUCUAAGCUUUUUGACAUUCCACCCUGGUCUCCACGAGCGCAGAAGGAGAAGCCCAAGACGGAGAGGGAGAAAGCUAGGAAGGUGGAGGUCAAGGAGAAUGUGACACGUUCGUCCGGCACAGGUCCUAGGGCUAUGCACCGGAAGGCCGAUCGUCCAGCAAGCGCGUUGCAACCCUUGCAUCAUUCACGUUCGCAGUCCCAACCAAGGGUGCAGGUCUUUGAAGCGCGCGGCGUCAGCCAGACGAGGAAGAAUGCCGCUAUGCCGUCUCUACUAGCCACCCUUUCUCCCGUGAAACACUCUCCCCCUGCUGUGCGAAGGAUUGUCUCGAACUCGGCGGCGGCAAAGGAGAACGCUCCGCAGACGUCUCAGGUCAAAACCGCGAGGAUGACACGCAAACCACUGGGCCCACGCAGCCCCACUCCUCCAAGCUCCCCGGCGUCGCAGCAUACGCCAAGUAUUCAUUUCAAGGACAGGGAGAAUUUGGGCGUCCCUGCGCUCGAGAAGGACAAGGGUUCGCGCAGAAGCCGCGUGUUCAGGGAUCUCACGGGCAUCAACCGGAACGUAGAACCCAACAAGACUGAGAAGAGGGAGAACAAAAGCUCCGUGCGGGAUCGCAUGAGGGAGUGGGAGAGGGAGCGCGAGCGCCUCAGGGAGAUGGAGAUGCUGGAGGAGAGACUGAAGGAGGCAGAGGAGGAGCGCGAGAGGGAACGUGAGAUGGAACGUGAGAGAGAACGCGGGAGAGCGCUGGAAGAAGAGAAGGAUCGUGUCCGUCAGCAGGAAGAUCGCGAGCGCGAGCUAAAGCGUCAGCGCGAACUCGCAGAGGAGCGCGAGCUUGCGCGGGAGCGUGAGGACUUGGCGCGAGUGCUGCAACUGGAGAAGGAGCUCGAAGAUCCCAAGGUCAGACUUGGAAAGUCGAGGUCUCUAAGUCCUCCUGACAGCGCGUUGGUUACUCCACCGCUGAGCCCAGUCAUCGAAGAUCCUUCAGAAUGCAGCUGGCUCCCUAACGAAGUGUACUCUCGCUCUGGCAACGAAUCUGGUAUCAGCCUUCUGAAGCAGAGUCUGAAGUUGUCUUUUGGGAUGUUUGACAAGACACUCAAGCUGUACAGGUCGUCGACGCAGGCUCUGGGAAGGUCCACUCCCAUGUUGAUGCUCCUUGAUGAAACUUCACAUCGCGAGCCUAGUGGCAGCUUGAGUCCACGAGCAUUCGUAGGCGAUGAGUUAUCGAGGUCAACAAAUUCUUCACUGCCGAAUGACGAGAUGGAAGCUUCGACCGAAGUUGAUCGCAUGACUCUUUGGAUACGCAGCGUCGAGAAGGUAGUCGAGGAUGCCCGGCAAACCUUCUCAGCGUCCACCAGCAGCGACGUGCCACCUCCGGCACUACCUCUCAGCCCUGUGUCCCGACGGGCAUCCUUGACUCGCACUAACCGGUCUUCACGAGUACCUCGCAAGAUCCUGGCGGCGAACCAUAUCUUUGUUGACGAAUACGACUCGUCACAGAUGGAUCAGAGUAUGACAUCUGUUGGCGGGACUACCGGGUACUUCACAGCCAAUGCUUCUCGAGCCAACGCGAGCAGUGUCAUUGACCACACUCUGCCCACUAUUCCUUCGGAGGAGCUCAGCCGCGUCUCUGGAACCCCGGCGGUGCCGCAAACGCCUUCGCGGAGAAGGCGAGCUACUGUUGCGUCCAUUUCACCAGAGCCCACUAGCAAGAAGAAGAUCAGCCUGGAGAUCAGUGUGAGUUCUUCGCCUUCGAAACUCAAGGAGAAGUCCAGGUCGCAGAAUGACCUCAACCAUAUCGGGCCAAUCACUCCUGUGGCGAAGUUGGAGUUCGAGCUUGGACGGGAGAAAUUAGUUUCGCCCCCACUUCGUCCUCAGAGACUAUCCGAAGUGGUGGAUAAGAACAUCUUUAUCGCCUCUUCCCCUGCUUCCCCUGUGCCAACGGAUCAAUCGGGUAACCAGCGCGACAAGUCGUUGGACGAAUUGACGUCGUCGCCUUUCCAUGUCGACCCUUAUCCUCCCAGGCCUCAGGCGCCUGCGAACAUCCUUGACACCCCCGCUCGGAAACACAUUGAAGGCGUAUACGAUCGAUUCCUGAUGUCCACAGCCGGAGUGAAACGCAUGGGCCGCGGAUACCAGUCUGAUAACGUAGGGCCUGUGCUGAAUGUGCCCCCUCAGAAUGCGACAGCAUACAAGCGCAACCAGAAACUCUUUCAUUCUUCGCGGCGUCCUAUGCCUCCUCCCAUUUCCAGUGACGACAUGCAAGCAUGCUCUGUCGACGAAUUCGGCGUCGUCAUUCCACCUAUAGGCAAACGACCCCCUCCUCAUGACACCAACAAGACUACCGUUACAAUUGUCCGUAAGGCUUUCAAGGCCAUCGUCUCAGGGAAGACCGUGUCCACAAGAUUCUCCAAGGCUCUCUGA